GUGUGUGUGUGUGUGUGUGUGUGUCUCCAUGCGUGUAUAUGUAUGUGCAUUUAUCUAUGUUAAUGUGUGUGUGUAACCGUGUACGUGUACGAUUGUCAUGAAUAUUGUGCCGCGCGUGGUCCGUAAUUGCCGAAAGUGAAAGAAACGUUGUUGUAAACGAAGGCAGCGUAAAACAGAGAGUCGCGCGCGCGCGCGUGUGUGUGUUUGUGCGUGUAUUUAAGUAUCUCGUCAGGGGCGGAAGUCCUUCAGCAUCUCAACCCAACAGCAAUGUUGGAAUCGAACCAGUGCCGUUCGAGUAGAACAGUAGCGGCCGAAAAGCAGCACCACCGCAGCAGUUAAGUGGUCUGUCGCCUCACGGAGAGCAAGCACAACGUCACCCAGACCGACGACGACGACGACGCCGCCGCUAACCAACUGCUAGCAAUAAAACAGAGGCCAGCCGCCGCCGCCGCCGACGUCACACACGAUGGGUGAUCCGAAAAGUCAAAAGUCCGCAUCAGGAGUGGCGGGAACACCCGGUGGAGGGGCGGGUGGGGGCCCGGGAGGAGCAUCAUCGACGGCAGCCGCCUCCGCCACGACAACGACGACAACUGCUGCUGCAAACACACCGGUAACGACGCCGCAGCAGCAGCAGCAACAUCAUCAGCCGCCUUCGCAUCAUCCGCAUGCGCAGCUUCAGCAUCACCAUCAGCAGCCGCCCCCGCCGCCACCGCCCCACCAUUCGCAUGCACCGCAUCCACUGCAUAUGCCGCCGCAUCCACAUCAGCACCAUCACCCGCACCACCAUCCGCCGGGACCGCCGGGUGCGGGUGGUGACCAUCAACCACCACCGCCACCACCGGGCCAUGGGCCACCGCCGCACCAUUCGUCGCCCUACGACCACCACCAUCCGGUACCGGGUGCCGCCGGUCCGGGUGAGGCACCGAACGGGGGCGGUCCCGGUGCAGGGGGCGCCGGCGGAAAGGACGAAUCGUUGCCACCGCCGCACCAUGGCCAUGGGCCUCCACCGCCGCCACCGCACGGUGGUGCCGGCGGUCCACCGCCACCACCCCCGAUGGGUCACCACCAUCAUCAGAUGCAGCAUCACGGGCAGGUGUACGGCCAGCCGCCACCGCCGGCAAUGCAGCAUCAGCAGCAGUACGCGCCCCGCUACCACCAUCACCAUCCCCAUCAUCCGCACGACCCGAACGUGCAGCCGCCGGGCGCUGGUGGGGCACCCGACCCAUACGCACACUACCACGCGCACCGAAUGGGUGCGGCAGCAGCCGCCGCAGCAGCGGCCGCAGCGGCUGCUGCCUCGACCGGUGGUGCCGGUGGUGGUGGGAGCGCCGGUGGUGCGGGCACACCGCCCCCGCAGCAGCAUACCGGCGGUAAACCGGCGGCCGCGGCCGCCGCUGCAACGGCAGCCGCCGCCGCCGCCGCAGCAGCAGCCACCGGCAGUCCGAUGCAUGGGCGGCACAGCCGCUACAUGUCUCAGCAGCCGACGGCCGCUGGUGCCGGUGGUGCUGGAGCCGGUGGUCAGCCACCACCACCCGGCGGAGGUGCGAACGCGCCACCGCCCGGUGGACCGGCCGCCGGUGGCCCCACGCCGACGCUGAACUCGCUGCUCCAGUCGCAUCCACCGCCGCCACCACAUCCGGGUGCACCGCACCACCGCUAUCCACCGACCGGGUACGACCCGUCGGCACCCCAGGGCCAACAGCCGCCCGGGCCCGGUCAACCGCCCGGUCCUGGUGGCGGACCGCCCGGUCAAGGUCAGCCCGGUAUGCAUCCGUACCAUGGUGGGCAUCAACAGCAGGGUUGGGCGCCGCCACCCCGACCCUACAGUCCCCACUCGCAACCGUACCGACCACCUCCACCGGGUAACACCGGACGAGGCCAGUCACCAUAUCCGCCGGGCCCACCGGGCCAAGCGCCCGGCAGCUAUCCUCCACCUCAGCCGCCCGGUCAGGGAUCGCAACAGCAGCAACCACCGGGCCCACCCCAGUCGGCCGGUAGCCAACCGGGCGCGGCACCAGGUGCCCCGCCAGGCCAGGGACCACCGCCGGCGGGUACCCCUGGUGGGCCCGCUGGCGGAGCGCCCGGCCAAUCACCGCAGCAUCAUCCACCCACAUCGCAGGGACCGCCCGCCAAUACUCAGUAUACUCCUUACCAGCCACAGCGCUAUCCGACGCCCGGCGGACCCAACGCACCGAACCAUCGUACGCCGUAUCCGCCGCAUCAGUACGAACCGGUCAGGUCGUGGCCAUCGCCAGCCGCUAGUCCGGGACCGGGUCCGGGACAUAUGCCGCCCUCACCACACGGCCCUCCACAGAGUCCUGGACAGCAGCAGCAGCAGCAACACAGUGGCCCCAGUCCGUCACCGCAGCCACCACAACCAGCUCCAUCACCACAUCAGGUACGUUUGGAGCAUAAUUUUAGCAAGUACACGACUAACACAUUAUCUGAGCUUCAGAAAACAGAUUCCACGGGUCAGAACAGUAAUGACAGUACGGCAGGAGGUAGCGGCGGGCCUGGCAAUUCCACAGGGCCAACGGGAGUGCACGGUGCACCCGGUACACCGAACUCCUCCUCCUCUUCGUCGUCUCAGGGCAUGAGACCAACGCCGUCGCCAACUGGUUCUGGCAGCGGUUCCCGUUCUAUGUCGCCGGCAGUAGGCCAGCAAAGUGUUUCGAUGCCUCCUCGUCCAUCCAGCAGUCACUCGCAAACUCCAAAUCAGCAACAGCAGGGCCCGAAUCAUCAGCACGGCAGCAGUAACAGUAAUCUCGUGCACGGCAAUCAAACACAGGGACCGCCGGAUCAUCACGCCCGUGUUGGCUCACCGAAUCGUCCACCGUCGGCCUCCGCACAGCAACUGCCGCCCGUGUCGACUGCCCCUUCAGGCAGUGUAUCGUUGCCACCGUCGUCUCAGGCAGGCAGCGGAGGAUCGACCGGUCCAGCGGCAGGUAUGGCCGCGCAAGGCUACCAGGCGCAAGCGCCACAUCCGCCACACAUGCACGGUCCCUACAAGAUGGGUCCCGGAGGGCCCGGUGGUAUGCCUCCGGGCGGUCCGGGACAGCAGAUGUCUCCGUAUCCGCCACCACCCCCUCACCAGCAACCACCACCGCAGUCGCAGCAGUAUUCACCACACUCGCCCGCGAGUUACUCGCCGCGUCCGCAGUACCCGGGAGCGUAUGGGCCAUCACCACCGGUACCGGGACCACCGCCACCACCCGGGACACAGUCACCCCAGCAGGGUCCACCCGGAAGUGGUGGGCCACCGCCACCACAUCCACCACCCGGCGGCUAUCCGGGGCAACACCGCAUGCCUAAUCAUGUGGGUGCCGGUGGUCCGCCACCACCGCACUCGCAGUACCCUCCGCAUCAGUAUCCGCAUCAGCCACCAAGUCCUUGGGGACCACCACACACACAGGCCGGACCGGGUGGAGCCGGUACGGGCCAUGUAAAUAAUCAUGUACAGCAAUCGCAACAGGGUCAGAGCGGUCCGCCGACUCCUGGCGGAGCAGGAGGCCCUCGGCAAGGCAAGGGUAUGCCGCCGGGGCCACCGGGAGCUGGUGGAGUGCAUCCGCAGUCGCCCCAGCAGCAGCAACACUCACAACACCACCAGCCGCCACCACAUCAUCAACCGCACCAUCAAGCGCAUCAUCAGCCGCCCCACCAUCCGGGGCAACCCCAGUCCCAGCAACCUCCGCCCCAGAGUGGUUCACCGCAACCGCUCAACUACCUAAAGCAACACCUUCAGCACAAGGGUGCGUACAGUGGUGCACCCAGUCCUACGCCACCGCCCGGGCAGGGCUAUGGUAACGGUCCCGGCAUGCAUCCACCGAUGGGUCCACCUCACCACAUGGGUCCACCGAUGGGGCUGCCGCCACCGCCGAAUGCGAGCAGUAUGGGUCCACCACCACCGGCCGGUACGCCACCCAGUCAGUCCCCCUCGGGUGCUGGAGGUAGCGCCGUAGGACACCAGCAUCCGUCGCAGCAAGAUAGUGGCCAUCCGCCUUCGCCGCAUCAGCAACAGCCUCCGACGCAACCACAGCAUCCGGGACAACAAUCCCAGCAAUCGCAACAACAACCUCCCCACUCGCCCCACCAUCAUGCGCACGGGCCGCCACCCCAUGCGCAGCACCAACCGGGACACCAUCCUGGGGCCGAUGUGCCACCGCAACCACAUCAUGGGCUUUUGGCGGGAGCGGGACAGGAUAAUGGCAUCAUAAACGCGACUGGCGGGCCCGGUGGAGGGGCGGGAGGAGGUCCCCAUCAUCACCAUCAUCCCCAUCAUCAUCAUCCAGUUACCUCACUCGUUACGACGGGGCCUGAUGGCGCACCACUCGACGAAGCCAGUCAGCAGAGUACCUUAUCCAAUACCUCAGUAGCUUCCGGAGAAGAUCCUACGUGCUCGACGCCGAAAUCGCGGAAAAACGAUCACUACAACCAAAGCCAUCUGACGGGCACCAACACACCGUCGUCGUCGAACGCGUCGCCCGGGCCGCACAACGCACACGAAGACUUCGAACUCAACUCGUCCCCAACGUCCUGGCCCCGGACGCCAGCUAGUCCAGUAUUUAACAGUCACGUUCCUCCCACACCGGAGACACCUUUUAGAUCAACUAAGCAGAAAUCGGACAGUUUGAACAAGUUGUACGAGAUGGACGAUAAGCCGGAGCGACGAGUGUUUCUGGACAAGCUGCUGGCGUACAUGGACGAGCGAAGAUCGCCGAUCACGGCCUGUCCGACGAUCUCGAAGACACCGUUGGAUCUGUACAAGCUGUACGUGUACGUGCAGGAGCGUGGCGGGUUUGUUGAGGUGUGUAAGGUUACCAAGAGCAAAACGUGGAAGGAUAUCGCCGGUAUGCUAGGUAUUGGUGCGAGCAGCAGCGCUGCCUACACGCUGCGAAAACACUACACAAAGAAUCUGCUACCGUUCGAAUGCAAGUUCGACCGGGGUGGCAUCGAUCCGGGGCCGAUCAUUGCACAGGUGGAGGCGGGUUCGAAGAAAAAGUCCGCCAAAACGACUUCCGUUCCCUCGCCAGGCUCAUCCAACUCGCAAGAUUCGUUUCCCGCGCCUGGCAGCAGCAGUGCCUCAAUGGAUGGCUAUGGGCCGUAUCCUGGUAGCGGAUAUCCGCCCGGUUCUACACCGGACUAUGUGCAGCAGCAGCAGCAACAACAACAACAAGGUAGUGUCGGAGGUCCACCGGGGGCUGCUACCGCCGGUGCUCAACCGGGUCCGGGGCAGCAACAAACACCCCAACCUCAGCAAAGGCCACCUUCGCAGCAGAGUGGCACUCAGUCUCCUCAUCCAGGUUCGGCACCGCCUGCCUCUGGCGAUAACAUUAGCGUGAGCAAUCCCUUUGAUGAUCCUGUGGGUCCACAGCGUCCCCCAUAUCAACAGGGUGCUCCCUAUCCACCGGUUUCACGUCCCCAAGGUGCACCUUAUCAAGGACAGCCGGGAGGUUACGGACAGUAUGGUGCACCGGAUCAGUACGGCCCGUCUGCGGGCACACCGCCUGGGCAAUAUCCACCACCGCCCGGUCAGCAGGGACAAUACCCACCAACGAAUCGACCGCUGUAUCCUCCGUAUGCACCGCCGGAAACUGGAGAAGGAUCUCUCUACAGAGGCACACCACCAUCGUCGGCGGCCGGGGUCCCUGGACCUCCAUCUGCGGCUGAUCCCUAUCGUGGAUACGGCAGCUCCCCGUACCCUCCGCCACCCCAGCAACGACCAUAUCCGCCGCAACAGCAACCUGUCGUCAGUGCGGCCCCAGGAGUUCCUCCGGCAGGUACUCCUCCAAUUCCGGGUCAGGCUGGUGGAGCCUCGCAAGGGCAAGUGCCACCAGGUGGUCCACCAUCGCAGCAGCAACAGCAACCGCAACAAACACCUCCGCCACAGCAGCAACCUGGCGCACAAGGGCAACCGGGUGCACCUGGUGGCUAUCCGGCACCGGUCGGUCAACCGGGCGUGCCUCAAUCAGCAGCCGAUUACUACCGACAGCAACAGGAACAGGCUCUUCCCUACCCACAGCCCAACCAGCCGCGGCGUCAUCCGGAUUUCGAAAAAAGCCAGCAGCCCUACCCUCCGUACCAGCAGCGGCCUCAGAUGUAUCCAGGUGGAUGGCAGGCAGGUCCUGGUGGCCAAUACCGUGGUCAGUAUCCUCCGCAAAGUCCUCAGCAACAAUGGGCACAUAAUGGUCCCCGGCCAAGCGGUCCUCCGGGACCACCCGGUGCUGGUGGCCCUCCGGGAGGUCCACCGGGCGCUCCGGGUCAGUGGGGAACAGCCACGGAUGUUAAUCGCUAUCCUCCCAAUCAACAGCAACCACCUUAUCCAACGCAUCAGCAGGGUCAACAACAACCCUGGAAUCAGAUGCCACCAACGUCGCAGAAUUCACCACUACGACCACCAUUACGCAGUGGCAAACCGUAUCCGCCGAUGGCGGGAGCCGGUCCCGGUGUUCCAACACCUCCUGGUUCCAUGCCUGGAAUGCCACCAGCCAGCAUUAAUACGCCUCCGCAACAGUCGGGAGUUGUGAGUGGGCCUCCCGGUACAACCACGUCAUCUGGACCGGUCGUCCCUGUUGCGGGCGGCGUUCCGCCCGUUGUUCCCUCCGCUGGCGGCGUAGUACCGGGUAGUGGCGUGCCUUCCGUUACUGGUAAUGCCAGUGGUGUGGUACCCGGAGCAGUUCCGGUCACUAAUGCGCCACCAGUGGUAAAAGUACAACCCACUGCGCAAGGCGGAGGACAAGUGCAACCGACUGGGCCUAACUUUCAACCUUCCGGAACUGGUGGUGUACAGCAAAAGCGAGACAUUGUGUUCCCUACGGAUAGUGUGGAAGCUACCACACCGGUACUGUACCGGAGAAAGCGCAUCACCAAAUUGGAUAUUGGCCAAACUGAUGCCUGGCGGAUAUUUAUGGCACUACGUUCCGGACUGCUCGUCGAAAGCACCUGGGCGUUGGAUGUGCUAAACAUUCUGUUGUUUGAUGACUCGUCCGUUGCUUACUUCGGAUUAGCGCACAUGCCGGGACUGUUGAAUUUGCUGCUAGAUCACUUCCAGAAGAGUCUUUGCGAUAUGUUUGAGAGUGGCAAAAGGGAGGGCACAACAAACCGAUUCAGCGUUGAAGGAAGUAACCGUGCCGCUCUGUUGGACAAAAUGCUAGACGUUGAUGACGAUGAUGAAGUGGAGAAGGAAGAAGAACAAAGUCGUAAAAUGCAUCAACAAACUUCCAUAGUGAAUACCUCCUCGAUCGCGGUGACCACAACCACCGAAACGACGAUAAAGCUGGAACCAGCGUCGCCUAUAAUGAUGGAAACGACUACAAUGACUACUACUACCACCAUGAUCAAGCAGGAGAUGCUAGAGAAUGGUCUACCGGAUGCCGCUUCGCUGCAUCACAACGGAACGCAGGAGAACGGUGGUACCAAAGGAGGUUUUACUAAAAGUGCUGGUUCGACGAUAGAUAGACGAAGAACCACGCAGUGCUAUGCGAGACGCAGCAUGAAACCAUGUGAUUCAAACGAGGAACUAGAUCUGGGUGCGGUAAAGAACCCACCGAACCCGGACGAACGUACAUUGAUAUUGACGUCGACGACGAACUACACGAUGACGUCUCGCAAGGGUCGUCCGGUAAAGAUUCAUCCCGCAGAGGAGGAUGUGUUUGUGCUCGACCACAGGCGGGAUUGGGACCGAGCGUCCGAUUAUCAGUAUCAGCGAGACACCGAGGUCGGGGGUGAUCCGUGGACGGCCGGUCAUACCGAUCCAGACCCGCAUGAUUACAUUAUGGACACGUUCCGGGCCGAGUUUGUGAACAUUCCAUUUGCAAAGUACAUUAAAACCAGCGCCAAGUAUGCUGAGGCUGCUAAGACGGCCAGCACCACCACCACCCGGAACGGCAAGCGGAUAGCAGCCAACAUGAACAACAACAAUUGUUAUAUUAGCACCGUAAGUAACAAUAACAACAGUGCAAAAUGUACAAGCAAAAACGACCGGGAGCUGCAGCAUCAGCAGGAACCAGAAGUACAAGAAGCAGAACCGGUUGAGAAAAUCACGACAACGGCGUUGAAAAACACGUCCGAAGAGGUGAUGGAGAUGGAUGUGGACAUGAAGGAGGAGCAUUCAUCGCCACCGAAGCGAAGGAAAGAGGAAUCGUCCGCUACGCCACCGACGUUACGCACCCGGAAAGAUCAUCACAUUGCGCGGCUGAUGAACGGCGAAAGUGGCGAGGAGGAAGAAGCGAGAGACAAGGUGGUGGAUAGUGGUGUGGAUAAGGUAGUAAAGAACUGUAUAAUGAAGAAAGAAAAAGCGAUGGCAGAUGAUAAGGAAUCAGCACCAGCCGAAACAGUUGAUGGCAAGGUCGCGGCAAAGCGUACGACUCCGACGCCAAUGGAUGCGGACUGUCGCGAGAUAGAUAUGGAGCUGGAGAAGACGUCAAGUUUAUCGAAUGGGCCACAAGAACCUGCGCAUAACACUGAUAAUGAGCAGGAAAAUAGUAGCGAAACGAGUGAAUCGUCUCCAACGACUGAUCGUGAAACGCAGCCACAGCAAAAUAGCGUGAAAUCGAUGGAAUGUCACAAGGAAUCAGCAGUCGUAAACGCGGUCGUCGAAAAGAUGGACAUCGAUGAGCAGGAAGAAGAUGAUGUUUCGUCUGUAGUAAUUCCGAUGGUUGGAAAGACGAUAGCCUUCGACAUAGCGGAUACGGUGCGUGAUCCGGCCCGAGUGCUCAAACGUCGACGUAUGAGUGACUACGAGGACGAGUGUUACACGCGCGACGAAGCUAGCCUAUACCUCGUGACCGAGGGGCAGGAUGCAUUGGCUCGGCGUUGUGUAGCCAUCUCGAACAUCUUGCGCAAUCUCACCUUCCUGCCAAACAACGAGACGGAGUUCUCCAAAUCAUCCCGCUUUCUGGCGAUACUCGGCAAGUUGUUGCUGCUAAACCAUGAGCACCCGUUGCGUACGAAAAAGACGCGCAACUAUGACCGCGAGGAAGAUGCCGAUUUCUCCGACUCAUGCAGCAGCUUGCAGGGUGAGCACGAGUGGUGGUGGGACUUUUUGGUGCAAAUUCGCGAGAAUAUGCUAGUGGCCACGGCAAACAUUUCUGGCCAGCUCGAUUUGUCCCGUUUCGACGAGCCGAUCUCACGCCCAAUCCUGGACGGACUGCUACAUUGGGCGGUGUGCCCGUCGGCGCACGGUCAGGAUCCGUUCCCAACGCUCGGUCCAAUUGCGGCCUUAUCGCCACAGCGGUUAGCACUCGAGGCACUGUGCAAGCUGUGCGUGACGGACGCAAACGUGGAUCUGGUAAUAGCGACACCACCAUUCUCGCGGCUCGAAAAAUUGUGCUCGGUGCUAACACGUCAUCUAUGCAAGAACGAGGAUCAGGUGUUGCGCGAGUUUUCUGUCAAUUUGCUGCAUUAUUUGGCUGCUGCUGACAGCUCGAUGGCACGCACAGUUGCACUGCAAUCACCGUGUGUGUCGUAUCUGGUGGCGUUCAUUGAACAAGCCGAACAAUCAGCAUUGGGUGUUGCCAACCAGCACGGCAUUAACUUCCUGCGAGACAACCCUGAAUCGAUGGGCACUAGUCUUGAUAUGUUGCGAAGGGCUGCCGGUACGUUGCUGCACCUAGCGAAACAUCCAGACAAUCGACCCCUGUUCAUGCAGCAGGAGCAACGACUACUAGGGUUGGUCAUGAGUCACAUACUGGACCAGCAGGUGGCGCUGAUUAUCUCCCGUGUACUGUACCAGUGCUCUCGGGGGACUGGACCGCUUACGACGAUGGAGAUCGAAUCGGGUGGUAAAACGAACACUUCGAGCAACUCCUCCUCCUCCUCCUCCUCCUCGGUAACGGCUGCUUCCAAUUCUUCGUCUGUGAUGGAAACGAAACCGGGAGUUGAUUCGAAAACAGCAUUAACAGCGAUGUCUACUAAUGGUAACAGCAGCAGCAGUAGUAUACCAAGCACAGCGGAUGGUUCUUCACCGAGUGCUGCAACGAAUGGCAGUAGCGCGCCAGUAACGAACAAUGGAACUGUGACUAUCACCCAAACAGUCUCGACGAACGGACAGGUGACAGCGGAAGAAUUUGUCACACCAUCCACUCCUUCCUCUGUCGCUAACGUGCCGGAGGGUGUGGAUAGCAACAGCACCCGAUCUGCCAACGUGGAAGCAUCCUCCUCCGUGGCUGCUUCGACGGCCGCGGCAGUGGCUGGGUAUGAUGAGUCCAGUUCUUCGUCCUCCUCGAACGCUACGGCGGAUCAUGGUGCUUCAGCAACUAACACGCCUGGUUCCCCUGCAGCAGCGACGACCGUAACAUCGGUGAACCCGGAUGGAACGUCCAACAGCAACGCCAGUUCGGCGGCAUCAACAACAAACAGUGGUAGCACUAGCAGCAGCAGUAAUUGCAGUAGCAACAACAGUAGUAGUAACAAUAAUAGCAGCAGUAGCAGUAGCAGCAACAGCAACAGCACUAGUAGCACCGUUCCCACGAGUCCAUCAGCCGUAGCAGCUACAAACCCUUCCUCCCCAGCAGCGAAUGUCGCUACAGCACCUCCCCAACCAUCUUCACAGCAUCCGAUAACGGCUUCAUCGUAGUGGAAUCUUUACUGAGCCACUGAGAUAUUGCGCCACCAGCGGCAGCUUUAACAUCGGACCCGACGACGGCAAGUGCUGUCUGUGGACGGUGGGGGUCGGAAAUGAUCGCAAGGUUCGAUCAGCUGUGGUGGUGGUGGUGAACGCAACGCUUCUGUGGACGCGGUGAUGUGUAUAUCGAAGAUUAUAUAUAUAAAGUUAUUUAUAGUUACACACAUAUUAUAAAUAUAUAUAUUUAUAGGAAUAUAUAUUUAGCAAAAUGAAGAAGCGAAGAUCGAUGAUAAAAUCAAGCAAACUGGAAGAAGGGUUUAAUUUGCGGGUAGCAUAAUAACUGAACGCCGGACACAGAAUUAAAACGAAAGGAUAAAGAAACAGUAAAACUAAAAGGAGAGGAGGGACAACAAUAGGACACUAGCGGAAGGAUACAAAAGAAGUGCGAAAACAGGAAACAAUGGUGGUUGAAAAACCGAAAAGAGCAAAGUUAGGCUUUACCCACACACAAUGACACGUGCACAUGCAUAUCUACAUAUACAACAUACUCAUUGGAAUGAGUAGAUUGCAAUAUUUGGAUUGAGUUGGAAAUUCGUGAGUGGUUGGAGGAUUCGAACGUUUUCAAAGACCUUUACAAAAACGUCUAACUGUGCGUAAAAGCAGGGACGCUACUCAUAUGGGUAUUAUGCGUAUAAUAGAUAUGCGUGUGUAACGGGUGGUGUAUUUGUGUGAGCGAAAGGACAAAAAAGCACUGGAAGUUAUGCGCUCCGUUGUUCCGGUACGAGAUCUGUGUAGGUAGAACCGACGUCAAGGCGGGUUCGUUUGCUUUAAAUUGUGCUUUUGAUUGGUUUUUGGAAUGGAUAAACAAAAUCGUUCCGUCGAUUGUUGUUGUUCAGCUUGAGCAAAAUUACGCAGGAAAACACUCACCAUUAGCGAAUGGCCGUAAGGUGAGGUGUCGUAGUCUUGUAAACAGUUCAUAUCGGGAAGGAAGGAUCCAAAUGGUUGUCCUUGUUCGUGUGAACUGCAUUGAUACAGAAUUGUUAGACUUUCGAUAGCAACCCAUGAUGUAGAAGUAACUAUCAAAAAGGAUCGUGUGAAACAUGAUGAUAAGAAGCAGAAAGUAUUACAAAACAAACACGCCGAAUGCAGGGUUUAGUUUUUAGCAAAACGGUUUUGCUGCUUCCAUUCCAUUCCGAUGAGGAGUCACACACAACUGCUUUCCAGUGCGUGUUGUUUUGUUGGAAUGGACGAAGAGGACGGAACGCGGCAAAGCGGCAAAAGAGAAGGGAGGACGUGAAGCUAGGAAAUGAAUGUUCUUCUCAGUUUUUAUUCGGCUGCUUGCUUCGUGCAGCUAUCCACGCACGCAAGCACACAGAAAGUGCAGCUGUAGCGAAAAACUGGCAAAACAAAAUCAUACUUACCAUCCGACAACAAGGCCCAGAACAACCACACAACACAAACAUACGUCGAUCUGCGCCAAUUCGCCCAAGUUUUAAAGGGCAGGAAACCGUUCCGUAAAGGCAAUGGUGAAGGAAGUUAAGGGUUUAAUCUGUACAUAGUAGGGUAAAAGGCAGGAAGAUGCAGUGUGAAUGUACGCGAGCGAGUAGAAUAAUCGAAAAAAUGUGUUACAGUAGCGUGUAGCGUUGAUGAAACAGUUUUAUGAAGUAGAGCAGGUGGACAACGGUGUGUGUGUGUCCCCAUGUGUCCCCGUGUAUAGUAAAGGUAGUAUAUAUUGGUGGUAUAAAUGCUUAAGAACAAUGUGUACAUAACGGAUUCAAACGCACUAGUUUUAGUAGGGCGAUGGAUGGUAGAAAAAAAGAAGGACAGAGAUAAGCACGCCGCGGACAGAGUAGUGUGAGGUGGUGGAAAAGACAUGCAAAGCCAACAUUCCUCGUCGAGUUCCGGUUCGAGUUGCUUGUGGUGGGCUCUCUCGAACGGGACGCGCGGUAAUGCAUGCUGCGGCUGUCCUUGCGGUAGAACAACUGUGCGGGAAUGGAUGGGCACGCAGUGCUGCCGCUGCUACAGCUUCCCGUAAGGUAGGGUUCUGAUGACCCUGACACACAUGUUGCACGGAAAAGAAUCUCCACAAUGUAAGCGAUCAUUAAUCCUUGAUUACGGUUCGAUUAUGCUCCUCCCUUUCUUUUAAACCGACAGGCCAAGCGACAGGUCUGAUUUUUCCUUUGUUUAAAGACAGACAGUAGUGAUCGUGCAUGCGUACGAUCAUCAUCUUCUUGUACUGUUGUGUUUAGUACAACACAUACUGCUCCAUUCCGCGUGAGUCAUCAACAGGGAAGGAAAUUGAGUACUUUCUUGUUUGCUUGCCCUAGGGUCGUCAGACUGGGGCACAAGCGGCAUUAGGCGCAAGAUGCUGCACAACGCCAGGAUAGGGAAGGGUAUGGUCUCGUGCAUGCGUUUGCGAUGAUUGUGUGCUUCAAUCUUAUGUGUGUGCGUGUAUGUGUGCGUUGCAAAGAGGGGGGGGGUAAGAUAUAGGGAAUAUUGUGCAGAAAAAAAGGUGAUAAGUUAUUUUAUUUUAUUUCUUACUACAUUAUUAAGCAUUUUUUUAUCAGCAGCACUGUUAGCACACCUGAUAUGAAUCGUUCCUCUUGCAAUUAUGUUGCCUGUACGCACACGGUUUGAAUAUUCUUCAAACCCUUUUUUUCGGUACCGAUGAUCGCGUGUAUACUUGAUCGUUCCUGUAUUCGCUUAUGUUACAGGAAUUUUGUGGACCGUUUUUUUUGUUGUCUUUUAAACAAUGGAUAUUAUUAUACCAUAUGUUAGAGUUUCAAUAUCCUUAAAGAUAAUUUCUCAAACCUUUUGGGGGGUAUGAGUAGUGCGCGCGUUAAGGCGAUUACUUGCGCACGACACUGCAACCUUUUUGCAUUGGCACGAGCAGCUAGGAAGGAUGUUGGGAAUCAUUCUUUUUUUUUUUUAACCAUAUUUCUUUCCAUAUGGUUCCCAAAACUUCUCUUUCUCCAAGCAAAGGCAGACUGCUUGCUGCAUCCUUCCCCAAGUACUUGCGUGUUGAACGUGUCUGUGUGUGUGUGUGUGUGAUGAGGGAGUAAAAUGUGAAAUAAUUAGUAGAAGGAGCGUAGUUUAAAACUAAUUUAAUUACACUUAGCAAGUAGACGCAAGUGGGGGGGGGGGGAUGCGCGCGUUUGUGUGUGUGUGAGUGUGUGUGUGUAUAUACACGAGAAAACAAGUCAGAUAGUAAAAAGUACUAAACUAAAAUAGACACACGCACACACACGUAAAGCAAACAACACGGCAAAAACUUGUGGACGGAUAUCUGGAGCAAAUGAAACUUAAAUUAUCUGCCACUGGGGAGGGUGAAAAAGGAGCGUUUUUUAAACAUUCAAAUGCUACUUCCUUUCUGUGCACCCACACACUCACACACACGCGCGCGCACUGUGCAUCACGAAUUCGGAGCGUAUGUGAAUCUGUACGAUAUGAUGAUACCUCCCGAGGUCGUCCGUAGUUCGGUCCCUUUGGUUUUGGAAGCGAAAUGGAGCAAAACACACGUUGAUAAUAGUUGAUAAGAGCAGAUCCAACACAAAGCAAACAGCGCACUCGUGGCGUGCAUAACUCUAUAUAUAUAUAGUAUAUAGAUAAAACAAGCAGAGGGAUACACACAUACAUGCGUGCGUAGCAAUUCUCUAGCGAAAAAACAAAAUGGCAAAGGAUAACAAAAGCACACUUGCAACAACAAACAGAAAGAACACUGUGCAAAAAAUGCAUAAGCUAAAGUCAUGUUUUGUUAGUCUGCCUGCCCUGGCGUGGGGUUUGCGGUAAUGUGGAACCCCUUCUGGUGGUAAUUGGUAAAACAAAACAAAGAAAAAAAAAACGGGGACAAAGCAGAAAAAUAUCCUUUUCAUACGGUGUGUGUGUGUGUGAGUGAAUUUUGUCAGUGAUGCGCGCAAACGGCUGAUAAAGGGGAUAAUUAAUACUAAGCACUGGCGAUAAAUGUGGACAGCAUCACCUAUCCCCCCCCGCUCCUCUUCUUAGUGUGCAGAAUGAGGAGAACCCGGGGGGACGGUGGUGUGGUGUGUGUGUUGUGAAUGGUUGAUGAAUGGCAAUGGAUGAUUGCGGGUUAUGUUUAAACAAAAACUGUAAUACUUUUACACACCCAUAAGUCUCUAUGUGUAUAGUAGUAUACGUGGUGCGCAGAAAAAAGCAAAAAGCGACGGAUAGUAUAGCUGGUAGCGUAAGUAGUAGACCGAGGGGAAGGACGAAGAAAAAAAAACAGAAAGGAAGCCUCGGGAAUUGUGGAUCUUCGCCUAUAUCUAUCUGUAGAAAACAAAGCAAAAACUGAA